GAGAUGGAGAAAGGAGGAGGGAGAGAGAGAGAGCUGGAGAGAGAGAGAGAGCUGGAGAGAGAGAUGGAGACGGCGAGGGAGAGAGUAAGGACGUUUACCAUUUCACUAUUUCAGCAGUGACAUUGAGGUCUGUUACUUGAACCUUUUUGAAAGAAGUAAAGACAAUGAUCAGAUUGCUUUUUUGGAACAAAUAACUGUGUUUUAGUAUGUAGGGAAACCAACACAUCUUGGGGUUUGCCUUUAGUUUUUUGGGGGGGUAGCUAAGUCACACAUACUCUCUGAAGAGGCAUUCUGUGGAUUGUUGGCUGUGACUUUGGGUCACCGACAGACACAAGUUGGAUUUAUUGGGUAUCCCAGGUUGCCUCAACGUCAGGAUGUGGACGUGUAUCACGGACUUCUUCACCUACGAGACCACCAAGUCGGUGGUGGUGAAGAGCUGGACCAUCGGGAUCAUCAACCGUGUCGUACAGCUCCUCAUCAUCACCUACUUCAUCGGGUGGGUGUUUGUGUAUGAGAAGGCGUACCAGAUCAGAGACACGGCUAUAGAGUCGUCUGUCAUGACCAAAGUCAAAGGCUUUGGACUGUACAACAACCGAGUCAUGGACGUAGCUGAGUACGUCACCCCCUCUCAGGGGGCUUCUGUGUUCUGCAUCAUCACCAAACUCAUCAUCACAGAGAACCAGGUGCAGGGAUACUGUCCCGAAAGUGAGAUGAAAUACAAGUGUACGCACGACAACAACUGCACUAAGUUCCUCAACAAGCCUGGGGGAAAUGGUCUUCCGACGGGCAGGUGUGUACGUUUCAGCGACACCCUUAACACCUGUGAGAUCAGAGGCUGGUGCCAGGCGGAGAUCGAUUACAUCAAGACGCAUCCUAUGAUGGAGGUGGAGAACUUCACCAUCUUCAUCAAGAACAGCAUUCGUUUCCCCCUCUUCAACUUCACCAAGGGUAACUUCCUGCCCACUAUCACCCCUCAGUACAUCAAGGCGUGUAACUUUGACCAUGAGAACAACACCUACUGCCCCAUCUUCAGGGUGGGGGACGUCAUCCGCUAUGCACACCAGAACUUCACCACGCUGGCACAGAAGGGAGGGGUGAUAGGUAUAAAGAUCGGCUGGAUGUGUGACCUAGACAAGUCAGAGGAUGAGUGUAACCCCUCCUAUUCCUUCACCCGGCUGGACGCCAUGUCGGAGAAGAACAGCGUCUCCCCCGGGUACAACUUCAGGUAUGCUAAGUACUACAAGAUGGACAACGGGACAGAUUACCGUACUCUGCUCAAGGCCUAUGCCAUCAGGUUUGAUGUGCUGGUCAAUGGAAAUGCAGGGAAGUUUAACAUGAUCCCGACUCUGAUCAACAUGGUAGCUGCCUUUACGUCAGUUGGAGUGGGCACCGUGCUUUGUGACAUUAUACUCUUGAACUUCCUGAAGGGAGCAGAGCAAUACAAGGCCAAGAAGUUUGAGGAGGUAUCAGACACGCAGAUCGAGAACUCCUUAUCCAGCAAUGGGCUGUAUCGGAGUAGGGAAUUCAUUGGAGUAGAGAAGCAGUCAAACGACUCAGGGGCCUUUUCCAUUGGGCAAUACGGCUAACAGACAGCCAAUUGAAUGGAGUGUUUGAGGGGGGAAAGGGGUGGAUGGUGGCAAUUUGGGAAGUUUGGCUGCAAAUGUAGGUUUAGGGUGAUAUUACCCAUAAACCCUAAUCUUGGAUCAGUUUAACAUUUUCCCCACUAAAGGUUAUGGUUAGGAUUGGGGAUAGGGAAGCUGAUCCUAGAUCUGUACCUAGGGGAGACUUCACCCCGGAUAGAGAAUGCAUGUAUAUAUAGCACUGUAAUAUUCCUAAUAUUUCACAUGAACCUGUAAUUUACCUGUAAUAUUUUCAUAGUGGAGGUUGUAUGUGUAAUCCUUAACUUUGCAUGGACUAUUGUAUUUGAACUCCUACCUCUACAAAGUAUUAAA